AUGAGUUUAACUUCACGAAGAAGUGAUAUUACCUUAUCCUCAUAUUACCUUCCACAUCAUCCAAUCUUCAAAAAUGAUACAUUAAGGGUAGUAUAUGAUGCCUCUUCGAAAGAUUCGAAUAAUAUCUCUUUGAAUGAUACUUUGUUCACUGGCCCUAAGCUUCAGCAGGAUAUUUCUGCACUUCUGCUCAAUUUCAGAUUAGGAGUUGUAGUUAUGACUGCCGACAUAAGGUCCAUGUUUUCUCAGAUUCUGGUUACACCAGAACACCGAAAUUAUUUAAAAAUUUUCUGGAGAUUCAGUCCUGAUGAACCGUUGUUAGAAUAUACUUUGAACAGAGUCCCAUUUGGGCUUAAUUGUUCACCGUUUCUAGCGAUGCGCACGCUCAUUCACUUAGCAAAUCAGGAACGAGAAAGGUUUCCUCUCGCUUCUAAAGCUCUUUUGAAUUGUACCUAUGUCGACGAUAUAUGCAUGUCUUGUUAUGACUUAACUGAAGCCCGUACAUUACAAACGCAAUUAAUAUCUUUACUUCAAACAGCAGGCUUCGAACUGAGAAAAUGGACUUCAAAUCAUACUGAAUUGAUUUCCUGCCUGCCCCCAGAUCAUGUCAAUCAAAACUCUCUGAUGUUUAUUGAUAAUCCCAAUUCGGGGGUGAAAAUUUCAAGACUGGAAUGGUCUCUUAUAAACGAUUGCUUUUCAUAUUUAGUACAUUCUAUCAAUGAAAUAUGUACAAAGCGAAAUAUACUGUUUGACUUAGCUCACAUUUAUGAUCCUUUCGGAUAUUUGUGUCCUGUUUCUUUAACCGCCAAAUUGUUAAUUCAAAGUUUAUGGGUUCUUAAAGAGGGUUGGGAUGAAAUUCUUCCUGAACCAAUUGAAAGGAAAUGGAAUAAAUUCAAAGCACAACUUCCAAAUCUUUCUUGUAUCCAAAUACCUCGAUAUUUAUACACUAAUCCUCUCCAGAAAAUAGAUUUGUGUGGGUUUUGUGAUGGUUCUCAAGGCUUAUGCAGCUUGCAUUCUAGGGUCUUGAUACCAAAUAAAUUUGUGAAAAUAUCUUUGGUCAAUGCUAAAUCAAAAGUAACCCCCCUGAAACAACUUUCAAUCCCUCGAAUCGAGUUGUGUGCCGCACUUCUUCUCUCUAAAUGCAUGGAAUUCGUUGGUAAAACGUAUGGAGAGAAAAUAUCAAUUGGAAAUAUAUAUACUUUUUCUGAUAAUACUGUUGUUUUGCAUUGGUUGAACUCUUCAGCAAAUAAAUGGAAACCUUUUGUUGGGAAUCGCGUAUCCGUCAUAAAAGAUAGGCUUUCGAUUGCUACAUGGUAUUACGUUCAGUCUAAAAAUAAUAUUUCCGAUUGUGCUAGUUGA